AUGGAUGACUGGGAGGAGGAGGAAGGCGAUAAGGAGGAUAUUGAUGAAAACGAAGUUGGUGAGCAAGUUGGAAGAGCCCAUAUGAAGACAAUGCUUGAUCAAGACCAGCGUGAAGUUCGACUUUUUCAAGAGCUUUUUCUCGAAGAUGGAGAUUUGCAUUCUGAUGGCGGUGGAAGGCAAAGACAAUUUCGGUGGAAACAGGCUGAUGGACACGUAGUUGAUGCGGAAGGUAUUCGCCCAGAGAGUGAAAAAGUUCGAGCCCUAACGACAAUGCCGGUAACUAAUCUGAAGUCCUUACGUGGGUUUUUAGGUCUCGCUUCAUAUUAUCGGCGUUUCAUACCAGACUUUGCAUCCCUUGCGCACCCCUUACACUUACUUUUGAAGAAGAAUGCUGGAUGGAGAUGGACCGAGCGUCAAGAAUGCGCAAAGAACAGGAUCGUCGAGUGCUUGACCUCAGCUCCUGUUCUGGCUCAUUUCGAUGACGUUCGGGAAGUCACCAUCCAGACAGACGCAAGUCAAAUCGGGCUCGGGGCAGUAUUGUCACAAGAUGCUGGUGAGGGGCAUCGGCCCUCUUUUAUUAGCCGGAAGCUGAGUGAUGCAGAAACGCGCUAUCACGCAAACGAGCUGGAGUGUUUGGCAGCUGUCUGGGCAUUAAAGAAAUUCCGCACUUACAUUUAUGGUCGACAUUUCAUUGUGAAAACGGAUAGUUCUUCUGUAAAAUGGAUGAUGGGAAAAAAAGAGUUGAAGGGCAAAUUUUUCAGGUGGGUGCUUGAUCUCCAAGAAUUUGAUUUUACCAUUGAGCAUGUCAAAGGCGUAGACAACCAAGUAGCAGACGCCCUGUCUCGGAAUCCGGCGGAGACGAUUGUCGAAACCAACGAUUCUCAGACAGAGGAAACAUGCUGUAUUGCCGUAAAUAUGCCUGAAACUGGCUUAGCAUCCAAUGAGGUCGCCCUCUUGCAACAACAAGACGGCCAACUCCGACCAAUUUUCGUUUCCUUGAGUUCCCCAAUUCAAAACAAUAUGUCUCAACGGUUUGUUAUUCGGGUCGGCAAACUUCAACCUAUCGAGCCUCCAUCAUCUCCUUUCCAGCUAAUUGGCGUCGACCAUCUUGGACCCUUCAAAGAAACGCCGAGUGGCCAUCGUCACGUCAUAGUUUGCAUCGAUUACUUAACCAAAUGGGUUGAAAUGGCUUCUGUUCCGGACACAUCAACCAAAUUUGUGACAAUCUUCUUAGAAUCGAACAUACUAUACCGGCACGGAACACCACAAAGGAUAAUUUCCGAUCAGGGAUCAUGUUUUACAUCUGAACUAUUUGAGGAAUGGAUAAGAAAGUGGGGAAUUCAGCAUAUUCAAGCAACAGCCGAACAUCCAGAAACAAACGGCCUGGUGGAACGCGUUAACCGGACUUUAACACUUGCGCUUUGUGCCUUCAUCAACGCACAGCACAAUGACUGGGAUAAGCACCUGGCGGCAGCAGCUUACGCAAUCAAUACUGCGCGUCAAUCAACUACCGAGAUCACACCUUUCGAGCUGGUGAACGGUCGCCAACCAGUCUUGCCCGUCGAACGUCUUUUUCCAUGGCCAGCUGAAGAGCAAGAGAUCCACGUUGAUUUCCUAUCACGGGAAAAAUCCCAGCAUACUCGUUACGAACGUAACAGGGAUAAGGAUUACGAUAGACGAUAG